CAUUGCUGUGCUGCCCGUAGGCCUACUGUCAAAGAAUACAUUGGUUUUUAAUAGCGGUAGAGAAUUGCUUCGCAUAGUAAAAUAUGUCUUAACAUCUCUAGACAACAUUUUGCGGUAGCGUACGGAAUAGCGGGCAGAGGGAGGGUGACUUCUGUCAGUUCUCUCUGUUGGCUGCAAGGUCUCGGUAAACAGCAGGCACUUGCUUGCCAGUACAGUGUCACUGCAUAAAGUUUGAGUCCUGAGAGGAUCCAAUGAUACAUAGUUGCAGGCGAGAUGAACAGAACGCUACGAAAUUAUUAGGGGAGUAAUUUGAUACAUUGUAACUCCAUAAUGCCAUGCUAAUAGUUGCAUGAGGCAGCACCAUGUACGUAGCACUGCAUUAAAACCAUUAUCAUGGCCAAGUCUCGUCUUAAACAGCGAUACUAUGUAUGACACAGUCAUAUUUGUUAGGGGCUGUACCGUCCACAUAAACGGGUGAAUAAUAUUUUCUGAAUAUCAUUAUUCUAACAGACAAUAGUGAAUGAUGAUCCCAAAUGAAUGAAAUAAAACAACCCUGUUUUAUAUAGGCGAUAGGACUGAAAUCAAAUAAGACCAGUGCGCUUCAUUAGGCAGGCUAAAACAUAUUGAUACAUUUUAAUGUGGUUAAUUCUCCAUUAAAAAAAGGAACUGUUUAAAAAGUGGAAAUGCGUUCAGUGCAGUCUGCCGCCGGCUGUUGUGCCUCCAGAUAAAUAAUAUUUCUCCCGGGCCUGAUAAUUUAUUGUGCCAAACAGAUUUAAGUACCUGUAAGGGCUGAAGAUCUUAACACAACACCUUCCGGUUUUAUUUGACCAACGGCUGCAAUACUUUUGGACAGUUAAACAUAAUGGCCUCAGUAUAAUAGCUUGGUUGAUGGAUUUAACGAGUGAUAGUGUAGUGCAAAUCACACUAUAUUACAUUUCAAUAUUUUAUAACUGGUUUGAUACAUGCAGAAUUGGAGGGUGGUCUCAGGGCAAUUUGUAUUAUUCUGUACGUAAUUCUGUGACACUCCAUUUAGAAUGAUAUGUUACAUUCGGUUACAUUAUGAAUGGAAUAAAGGUUGUAAAAUAUCAUACGAUUUAGAGGACAUACACUGAGUGUACAAAACAUUAAGAACACCUGCUCUUUCCAUGAGAUACUGUAGACUGACCAGGUGAAGGCUUAUUGAUGUCACUUGUUCAAUGACGUCAAUCAGCGUAGAUGAAGGGGAGGAGACGGGUUAAAGAAGGAUUUUUAAUAGGGAUGCACCGAUAUGACUUUUUUGGCCGAUACUGAUAUCCAAUAUUUUCCUUGCCAAAAAACAUGAUACUGAUAACCGAUAUUUAACAUUUUAGCAGCCUUUUAAGCAUUCUAGUACAGUUAACUAGUUGAAACAAAGUGUCAUAUGUUCAUUUGUUCAGUUAGGAACAGAUUGUUUAAUAACUUGUAAAUGAGAAAAAUGACACAUCCAUGAAUGUAUUUUAUUCCACAACAGAUAUUCAUGACACAAAUAUUUUAUCUGCCCCGCAUUACAAAGAUGGUUAAGUGGUUGGUGGCUCUUCUUACUCUCCAAUCUUGACUGUAUGACGAAACUUAAAAAUGAUUUGAAAGAAAUAUAGGUUGAAACUAAAAUUCAGUUAAUCAUUUUAGCUAUAACUGUUUGAAAAAAGUACUGUCUCUAGGCUGUCAUAAACUGCUACAAAUGGCACAACUUCAACUUUUCACAUGUGCUCAACUGACUUGACUAAUGAAAUGAGAGCAAAUUUACAACACGUCAUCUCAUCUUUCAUUUAUGAAAUGAAAACAAUUAACAAAAAAACACACCUGCUUUGUUUUAAAUUAAAUUAAAGUCUUGACCUAUACCAGCCAUGAAUGAACAACAGAAAAGCCAUUGGGCUUAGUACAUUUUUUCCCAGUGACUCUAGAUGGCUGUGUUACAAUAUGACUGCCCAUUUACAAUUUUAACAUUUGGGGGAGGUUUUUCUUCACAAAGAGGACCUGCUCGGCUUUGUCACAAGAGAGUCUGUUUCUUUUUUUCGUCUACAAUGUGUGAAGCUGCUCUGAAAAGCCGCUCACUGUCCACACUACUACAGGGAGCACCAAGAUAUUUGCACGCAGCUUUAGCUAGGAUGGGGAAACGGUGCUUGUUACUUCUCCAGUAUCCAAGUGCAUCUUCAUUCCUGGGAAUAGUAGGUUCUGUCAGGUAUGCUAGUAUCUGCAAAUAAUAGGGAAGGGGGGUUAGUACAUUUAAUACAACAUAUUGCAUUAUUCUUGCAUUCCAAAGGAUCAUUAGGCAUAGAUCAACAAUGGCAAAUGUUGGCCGAUGUAGUAACAGAAAAUGAAAAUACAACGCAUCUCUCUCUCACAGAGAUACAUACACACACUGACCAAAAAGUUAUUUUGUUGGCAUUUACGUAUGUCCCCAUUACCAGUAGAACAUAAUCAAAACCUAGUUCUUUCACUGACUCGCUGUGCUGUUUCGUUGUUCAUUUGUUCAGUCGUUUCAUUCUCAACCAAGAUUUCAUCAUAAAUGUCAAGCAGUGAAAUUUCAGCUCUGUUUGUGGCCUCUUCUGUCGUGGGUCCCCUUCUUUGGUGCGAACUGUCACUGUGUCCAUUUCCAUAUUGUCCAGCUAUGUUUGUAACAUUUCACAUAAACCAUGUUUUUGUCUGCAUCGAAGUAGCGGUCCUUGUACCUAGCAUCAAGCAUGGUGGCGACACAGUAAAGAGGCUCAGAGAGAAUGCCACCGAAUCGCUUGUUCACAGCCUCUAGUAGAGUACUUUUCCAAGUUAACCCCACGGUAUGUGUCGGCAGUUCUGUUGAGCAGGCGUUUCAAUGCCAUGACAGAGGGUAUCACGUCUGUUGCAGACGCAGUUGAACUUACUCCUCGAGUCAUUUGGUCGAAUAGAGCUAGGAGUGUGUUCAUGUUUUCAAUGAGCGUCCACUGGUUUUACUGAUUGUUGCAGGUAACGCAUAGUCGGCUGCGUACACGCCAAGCACGCAUUUUUGUUCCAGCAGGCCCUCCAUCAUGUAGAAAGUACUGUUCCAUCUGGCCUUGCAAAAGCCUUUUAAUUUUCACUCCAAGCUGCUCCUGUAUUGCUUGCAGGCGGCUAUAUGCUCGCUGUGAGUGUUUAAAAUGACCCACUAUCUUUCUACCGGUUGACACUGUCAAAUAUGCUGCAUUUGGCCAAAACACCUUAGUUCACAGCCAGUUGCAGCAUGUGCAUUCUUCCAAAGCCUUUGUCAUUUUACGUGCAUUAUCACGUAGCACAGCGUGUACAUUGUUCUUGGAGAUUUUCCAAGUUUCAAACAUGUCCUUAAAUGCCAUUUAAGUGGCAGCACUGGUAUGAGAACCAGCACAUUCUUGAGCAUGCAAUAUGGCUUUGCUCAGUACGAAAUCCUUGUUAACCCACUGUGCUGUCAGACUCGGCAUGCUCAUGGGGCUGACAUCACUGGUCCAAAUGUCAGUCGUGAAGCUAAUAGCAGUGACGCCCAUAGCAAGUAGCUUGUGGAUGUGCGAUUCAACAAUCCUGUGUAACUCCGGUAGGGCAACAUCUGAAAAAUAGCGCCUACUUGGUAGUGUGUACCGGGGCUCGAGAAGAGCCAACAUCCUCCACAACAGAGAACGGUUGAUUGUCAAUGGCAAUGAAUUCCAUUAUUUGGCGUUAAUGGAUUUCGCCUUUGAGUUGUCUCGCUGAAAUUGUAUUACUUUUUCAAAUGACUGCUGGACUUGAACUUGUUUAGUUUUUGGAAGUGUGCGCUUAUUUUUUUCUGCUUUUGUUCUAAGUAUUCGCUGAACGUCUGGGGGUGAUGCACUUUCAAAUUAGUAAUUAGGUUAGUGGUAUUGAAAGAUUUGAAUUUCUCCCCUCCUCGGGAAAUAAUAUCAGCACAAACGUUGCAUAUGGCCUUUUUGUUAUCUUCCUUUGAAACUUCAAAAUAGAUCCACACCGCAGACAUUGUGGGCUAGGUUAGGAAUGCUGUGUUGCAAGUGUGAUACUGUAUUUUUCGUGGCAUCAUUAUGUCACCUACCUAUGUUAUGUAGGUAUGCACGUCAGCUUUGACAUCGGUUUUGCACAUUGGCGUUAAACUAGACAUCGGGCCGAUGUCGAUAUUGGCAUUUUUGGCUAAUAUUGGCCUAUUCCGAUAUUCUCACCGAAAUAUCGUGCAUCCCUAAUUCUUAAUCCUUGAGACAAUUGAGACAUGGAUUGUGUAUAUGUGCCAUUUAGAGGCUCAAUGGACAAGACAAAAUAUUUAAGUGCCCUUGAAUGGGGUAUGGUAGUAGGUGCCAGGCGGACCGGUUUUUGUCAAGAAUUGCAACGCUACUGGGUUUUUCACGCUCAACAGUUUCCUUUGUGUUUCAAGAAUGGUCCACCGCCCAAAGAACAUCCAGCCAACUUGACACUACUGUGGGAAGCGUUGGCGUCAACAUGGGCCAGCAUCCCUGUGGAAUGCUUUCGACACCUUGUAGAGUCCAUUCCCCAACGAAUUGAGGUUGUUCUGAAGGCAAAAGGGAGGGGUGAAACUCAAUAUUAGGAAGGUGUUUCUAAUGUUUUGUAUAUUCAGUGUAUAGUGUCAUCAGUUGUGCACACAACAACCCAUGUUGUUAAAUAGCAAGAAAAAUGGCAAGGAAUCAAAUAUGGAUAUUUUAUCACAACGUUUAGUAAAUCCUCCUCUCGAAAUUCAGAAAGCAAAUUUGUACACUAGUAGAGAAACCUCAAGUCAAGUGCCUUGACUUAACCCAGCUAAUGAGUUUAAAUCCAGUGUGGCACUGUGUCGAGUAUAGCCAGGAGCACCGAGGGUGGCUGAGAACACUACCUGAGGAUUUCUCAUCGGUCUGGUUCUGGAGUCUUGCUGCUCAGGAAUACGUAAGUAUACUGCUCUCGUUACAUUCAGUUGUUUUCUUGAGAAAAUAAAUCCUACAAGAAAUUGAGUGCUCUGCUUGCUUAAAUUAAUGUAGUGUUUGCUGAGUCAGAUCUCUAUAGGACAAACCUGUUCAAAGAUCACUGGUUUUAUGGGUUGAUUUAAGUCACCUUCCACUUACCAGUUGUUGUACAUUGUAACUCAUCAUGGUUAAAGUUAACAACAACUUAACUACAUGUUUUGUGUGAUGUGUUUGCUAGCCUAGCACCAAACAACUCUUUUAUAUGGAGGAAUCUAGGGGCCUCACAAGGCUUUCCACUGUCAAUGCUCUCAGCACCACCACCAGUUCCCUGCACAAACAACCCAGCCUUGACGAGUCAUCCAUUAUGUGGUGCCAGAAUCACCCCUGGAAGUUGGUUCUCCAUCUGGCCAUGGUCACCAUUAUCACACAGAGCCUUGACACCUGCACUAGAACAUACCGUGCGAUCAAAACCAAUCAGGAUCUGCUACCAGAGACUCCGUGGAUCAACAUCUUCUACGAUGACUUCUGGGGCACCCUGCUCACCCACAGCGGCAGCCACAAGUCCUACCGGCCCCUGUGUACCCUCUCCUUCCGCCUCAAUCAUGCCCUGGGUGGUCUGGAGCCCUGGGGCUACCACCUGGUCAACGUGGGCCUCCAUGGGGCCGUCACGGCCCUCUUCACCUGGCUGGCCCGCUUGCUGCUAGGAGAGGGCCUGUGGAGCUUCCUGGCUGGGUUAUUGUUCGCCUCGCAUCCCAUCCACACGGAGGCGGUGGCGGGCGUGGUAGGCCGUGCCGACGUGGGCGCCGCCCUCUUCUUCCUGCUGUCUCUGCUGUGCUACGUGCGUCACUGCGCCCUGCGAGGGGGCCCUGCGGGGCCCUGCAGGCUGGGGGCCUGGCUCCUGGGCAGCCUGGGUUGUGCUGCCUGCAGCAUGCUGUGGAAAGAGCAGGGGGUGACUGUAUUGGCCGUGUCGGCACUCUAUGACGUCUGCGUGUUCCACCGGCUCAAGUUGCGUCAGGUCAUCAUGCUCUUCUACAAGAGGAGGAACGUCCACCUGCUGUUGAGUGUGUUGCUGUUGGCUGCCUGGGGUGCUGUUCUGCUGGUCUGCCGCCUUUACUGGAUGGGUAACAAACCACCCAACUUCUCCAACUCAGACAACCCAGCGGGGGACUCCCCGUCCCUUCUCACCCGAGCACUCACCUUCCUCUACCUGCCCGCUGUCAACAUGUGGCUCCUCCUCUGCCCGGACACACUGAGCUUCGAUUGGUCCAUGGACGCCUUGCCUCUGAUCAGAGGCAUUGUCGAAUGGAGGAACCUUCAUACCGUGGCCUUCUAUGUGGGACUGCUCCUCCUGACUUGGUUUGGGCUUUGCACCCGCCGGGUCAAGGCCAAGGAGACCAACGGAAAAGCCCAUCAUGUAACCAACGGCAACGGGAGGUCCAACACCAAUGGACACAGCUAUCACCACCCUGACGUCCCCGACCACACAAACUCUGAAACAGAGCCUCACCCUGCCAGUGCACAAAACGGUAUCAAAAAGCCUUACGUCACGAGGACUCGACUGCCCACCACUGAGAAUGUAGUGGUGUUCUCCUUGGGCCUACUGGCCAUCCCUUUCCUCCCUGCCACCAACCUGUUCUUCUAUGUGGGCUUUGUGAUAGCAGAGAGAGUACUGUACAUCCCCAGUAUGGGCUUCUGUCUGCUGCUGGCGGUGGGGCUGAGGUCCCUGUACGUGCGGCUGAGGCGAAGGUCCUCCAGGACUGUUUUGGUGUACUGUAGCGCCGCCAUGGUCCUGCUGUUUGGGGUUAAAACGGUGCUGAGGAACCAGGACUGGCAGAACGAGGAGAUGCUCUACAAGUCAGGAAUAUACGUGAAUCCUGCUAAAGCAUGGGGCAAUCUUGGAAACGUUCUAAAGAACCAGGGCAAGAUGGCGGAGGCGGAGCAGGCGUACAGGAACGCCCUCUACUACCGCAGGAACAUGGCAGACAUGCUGUAUAACCUCGGCUUGCUGCUACAAGAAAACAACAAGUUCUCUGAGGCGCUCCACUACUAUAAACUGGCCAUUGGGAGCAGGCCAACUCUGGCUUCAGCCUACUUGAACACAGGGAUCGUCCUGAUGAACCAGGGGAGAAUGGAUGAAGCCAAGAAGACCUUCCUGACCUGCGCCGAUAUCCCCGACGAGAACCUGAAAGACCCCCACGCCCACAAGAGCUCCGUUACCAGCUGCCUAUACAACCUGGGCAAGCUGCUCCAUGAGCAGGGGCAUCAGGAGGAGGCCCUCUCGGUGUAUAAAGAAGCAAUACAGAAAAUGCCAAGACAAUUUGCACCUCAGAGCCUCUAUAACAUGAUGGGAGAGGCCUACAUGAGACUGAACAAGCUGACCGAUGCCGAGCACUGGUACAAAGAGUCCCUGAGAGCCAAGCCAGACCACAUCCCAGCACACCUGACCUACGGCAAACUCCUCGCCCUCACGGGUCAGAAGACUGAAGCAGAGAGGUUCUUUCUGAAGGCCAUCCAACUAGACCCCACUAAAGGAAAUUGCUAUAUGCACUAUGGUCAGUUUUUGUUGGAGGAGUCUCGUCUGCUGGAAGCGGCUGAGAUGGCAGAGAAGGCGGCGCGUCUGGACAGCGGGGAGUUUGAUGUUGUCUUCAGUGCAGCCCACAUGCUCAGACAAGCCAGUCUCAACGACGCAGCCGAGAAGUAUUACGGACAGGCAGCCAGCAUAAGACCUAACUAUCCAGCAGCCCUGAUGAACCUGGGGGCCAUUCUCCAUCUCAACGGGAAGCUGCAGGAGGCGGAGGCCAACUACCUGCGAGCGUUGCAGCUGAAGCCAGACGACACCAUCACCCAGUCAAAUCUGCGUAAACUGUGGAAUAUCAUGGAGAAACAGGGCCUGAGGACAAUGGGGCCGUGAGUUAUCUCACCAGCCAGUCAGCCAUCUGUGCAGCAGGCCUGGGGAAGAAGUGGCCCGCUGUUCCCUUGGAGGAGAAACUGGGGUAGUGAGGAUGGAGAACGACAGCAGAAAAAGGCACAGAACUGCAGAACGCUCCUUGUGACUUUUCACUACUCCUCAGGCCAGGAGUAGCUUCCCUGGGAGGCUGUCCAUUUGGAGGAGCACUACCUUUGAAUAAUGUCUUCCUGGAACUUUGUCCAAAAUGUGUGCUCUCCCAGGGUCUGUGAAUCUCUACCAGAGCACUUCAUUUGAAGUGGGCCAUAGGUUCAUACUUGAAGUCUUGUGAUUAAUUCGGAAUUUAAUUAGUUAUAGAUGCUUAUAAGAUCAUGUAGGACAACAUUUGUCCUGGGGCAGAGUCCCAAGGCGCUGCCCUCCGAAGCAGGAACACUGCAGUAGAAGUUACGUUUUUUCCUCACCGUCAAAUUAAGUUAAGUUUUUGGUCUAAUGAAGUUGUGUUCAUUGGCUUCUGUGCACAUCAGUGAAACUCAUGGCAUGAUAUAGGAGAUAACAGCUUUAUCAAUGAAUUCUCAAAUUGAACACAACUAGUGGUGGCCAGGAUUGAUGAAUCAUUCAUUGUGAUUGUUUAUGAGAUUUCACUGAUUUCACAUGUUGUUGGACAUAGAGACCUACAGCUUCUGCAAAGAGAUGUAGCAGAUUGUUGAGCAUCGUUGAGUGAUAAAAAAGAAACCCACUGAUCGAUAUUGUCUCAUAAAUAACACUUCCACAAGAGUAAACAGAUACCGUAUAAAUGGAAGAUGUGCCCUCAGGGUACAGUCAAGGAGUGCGCUGAGUAUUUCCCACCCUGAAACAUAUGAAUCCAUAUAAUAUAAUUUGCCAAAAGACACAGUGUUAGUUGUGAAAGAAAAUACCAAUAAGAUAGUUUGAAGGAAAGGUGAAAUGAAUUUGAACUGGAGUUUCUGUCAUUAUUCCCUAACUCUAUUAUGCCUUUUCUAUCUGAAGGCGCAAAACUAUUCCGUGUAAAUGUAGCAGUGAAUUUCAAAUUUCUUCGCUAGGCUUGUUGUUUCAUAGAGUGACAUAACAUGGCUCUUGUGUAGGUCAGAGCCAUAUAUUAAGAUGAACAUAUGGCUCUGGUGUAGGCUACUCAUGUCUCCUUGGAUAAUUUACUUCGAGGAAGGUAGCUAAUGUGUUAUGAAAGGAAAUGGCAAAUGACCUUCCCAUGGUACUAACAUUAGCCCCCCAUCAGCUGACAUGCUAGUUGGAGAGUUGGACAGCAGCAGAGAACUGAAGGCUCCCCCUCCCUUCACAAUACAUACUGUACUGAUGUUUGCUGAUGACCGGUCUUUAGACAUGAUAAGAGGACAGUUGGAAGUCAUUGUUGAUGUCUGAAAUCUUAUAACCAAGUAGCCGUCAAACCGAUGCACUCCAUUACAUAACAAUGCACAGCCAUAGUUUGUCCGAGGGAAUCUUUUCAUGUAAUAUUGCUUUGUUUGAAAAUGUUCCUUUUCUUUUAUUUGUAUGUAUAUAUGGAUUUGAAUAUAUACAGUAAAAACCUACAUACAGUAUAAUAGACAAUAGUCUGACUUGCAAGGGAAGGUCAGUGCCCACCCAGCAAGUUCAGUAUCUGUAAGAUAUGAAUCAUUUUUCCUAGCGUCAAAACAUCAUGUUCUCUCACUCUUCUCAGUCUUAAAUGUCAAUAUUGUAUAUAUUCUGUGUAGUUUACAUCUACUUGGUUGUUGUCAUAAAAAAUAAUUUACCACCGUUUAUUAACUGUGUCUCCAACUUGGAAGAAACUUUAUUUUGGAGAAACAGAUAAUCCCGCUAUGACAUUUAUGUUUAUUGUAAAGAAGCCCACAGCCACCGAGCGGUUGAAUAUUUGUAAGUUAUUUCUUUGUGUUAUCUUGGCAUAUAAACCAGCUGGCACUGUGUUACAUUUUCAAGUGUAUGUUGAAGAUAAGUAUUGAUCCAUUUCACUUUAUGAAAUGUGAUAUACCUGUAAACAUUUGUCUAAAAGACUUUUCCUUGCGAUUCUGACUGAAAUAGUACAACUAUUUGAUUACAAUUUUUGAACAGAAUUAUCUUAAUUUCGCUAAAAUAUUGCAUUUGACACAAAGAAAACAAAGUUCAUGAUAAUUGAAAUGACUAGCAAAAAAGCCAAAAGUAUUUAAACAUUGCAUUUUCUUGUGCUGUCCACUUCCCUACACAGUGACCCCAUCCUCAGAGGUCAUAUCCAGUGCUUUAUGGAGUUAGUAGUAUGAUAGUUGCCUUGUUCUUUCUUGAACAUUAAACAUGUAUGAGCCCUGUUCCACUCUGUACGUAACCUCUGUUCUCAUGUCUGUCUGUCAGUCUUUUGAAAGCAUAGCACGGCAGUCUGUCUGUCUGGCUGGAGCUCGAUAGCUCUACUGGUUCUUACUGUCGUAACGGUUGUGUAUGUCUCGACUGCGUCAACACUGUGGUAUAUUUAGCUAUGAUCACCAUGUCUAUCUGUCUGAUAUAAUGAAGUGUUGAGCUAGGUUAUCACCAUGAAGUAUUCUACCCUUACACCUUCUCCCUAACACCACCAUCCCCCAUCACAAGUUGUGCUAAUUUGUCUUGUGUAUAAAGUGUUGAUGAACAAGCGAGAGUGUGUGUCUGAAGAUGGAAAUAAGUGUUUCACUCUGUGUCUCUGCUCAGGGAUUUCAAGCGGUGAGUUGUAUUGCAGACUCAUGCUCACAGAGCACUCAGAGUUUCUAAAGUUAUAUUUUUGGAAAGUUGUAUUUGUAUAAAUGAUCAAGAUUUGUAGCCUUUGCUUUUUGUAAUAUAAAAAAAAACAUGUGCCAGAAUAGACUUUCCCAAUGUUUCUUUUUUCCCACAAUAAAAUAAUGGUGUUCUGCUUUCA